AUGUCGAGUGAAAAUAUCUACCGUACAUUCUUUUGUCCUCUCCCGAACAUCCUCUCAGUGGACAAAUCCGCCGUGUACCGAAAAGUCUCUACCACUUCGACCUCAACUAAGGCCGAGGAACCCCUUCGGGCAUUGAGAUCAGAGGAUCCUAUUUUGCUUUUGGAUAGAGGGCGCGAUCAUCUUCUAAGGAUUCGUCAAGCGAAUAGUAGUAUACUUCAUCAAUCCACGAAUAUUCCGUUGAAAAGGACUAUCAAAACCGAAGCGGACAUCAUGACGCAAUCAAUAUUACAUCUUUUCUACCCCAUCAACCAUAUCAUAAACACCAAGUUGAAGGAUGGUCAUAUCGAAUCCCAUCUUGAGUGGACACAAAAAGGAAAUAUGCGAGCUGAUUAUCAAUGGAUGUACUAUCCACCCAGUGGAGCCCUUGUGCAUUUUGCUGUGCUUGAAAUGAAAGCUCCUCAUCUCCUUUCUUGGGAUGACUUCAAGGUGGCCAUCGCUACAACCGACGAUGAAGAGAGUGAAUUGUUGGAGAGUGCUCACUAUGAAGCAUCCGGAACUCUCUUGGUCGAAAACGGCAAGAUAUUCAUCCAGCAAGUGAAGAAAUAUCUCAAGAACCUCAAAGUAAAAGAUGUCGCUAUCUUUGAUUGGAUUUCCCUCGUCAUUGUCGACACUGAGGGGUUAGAUGAGGAUACAAGUCGCCAUAGGUUGGCGAGGCUUUCUUGGUUUAGCGAGAACGGCAAAGAAUAUGAAGCCGGAGCAAUUCCCCAUCCUUCCCAAAUUGCUCCCAAGAACGACUUACUCGAUAUGAAUUAUCCCUGCGUCAAGCUGUUCUCUGGAGAAAACGUUAGUUUUUCGUGGAAUAUUAGCUUCGAAGAAGUCCAAGAUGCAGAUUUGGAGGCCUUUCUCUUCCACCAUGACAACGAAAGAGGCUUACAAGGUCCGACGAUUGCUCUGAACGCUGCAGAUAAUGCAAGGAUUGCAGCGAUGAUUAUGACUUCAAACCAGAAAGAUAGCUUUGAAAAGAUCUACCAGGCCAUACUAAAUGAUAUUUCACGCCUUUGUGGUCCUGAACUUGCUCUCCUCUGCGCUGCGGCCUUGGGAAAACACAAGAUGUCCCACUUGAAUAAAGAUGGCCGGCAUCGUCUUUUAGACUACCUAAAGAAACACAAGUCGGAGCUAAAUGUCAGCGGACUAGCUGCACUUGUGGAUAUGUACAAGAUCCCUCGCCGUACGCCAGGAAUAUCUGGGCCCUUAGCACCGAAAGAAACAUGGGACGAGGGUCCCGGAACUGACACCUCUGAUUCGCCCAACGCACCAGCUAUGCCUUAUCAGGAUGCAGUAGACGUUCAUACUGACCCAUCGGAGAUCUGCCUUGGAGCUGCAACAAGCGUAGCUGCGGAAGAGUCAAACUUGCGUAACUCUAGCGCAUCACCCGGAUGGGGAACAUUGCCCGCACCAGUAAGUCCUGACACUCAAGGGGGUUCUGAUUGCAAUCUGCUUUUCGUGGAUCAUGGCGACGAAACCACUCAAGCAGGACUUCAAAACGACUGGGACGUGCAGAAUAUUGAUGCACCUGGUUUGAACGUGUAUGUGCCAAGUAAUGAUGAGAAUCUGUGGUGCGACCUUCACACAGAAAUCGAAUUCGGGCAGAGGCACUGAAGCUUGUCCAUGAUUGAUAGAACUAGAAAUGAAAAGCCAGGGAGCGUGAUGGGAAUUGUUGUAGGAGGAAUCUUUGCGGAUAUGGUCUUGGUGCUUUUUUUCCAGCGCAGCACAGCACAG